GACCAAUGAAAAGUAUAUGAUAUAUGGAUGAGGUGGAACCCCAACGCCGUAACAAGGGUUCUAAAUUAAUCAUCGAUCUAAAUUGAUACUAAAUUAAGAAAAGAACAUUUUUGACAGCUUUGAAUUUAUAAAUUUUUAUGUUGCUUGAUGCUUUUUAGCCUUUAAGUUUCAUCUUCAGCAAUGGCUAUGAAAUCUGCUGUAACAGCCACUGAAACACUCAUAUCAACCGUUAGCGGACUAAUGGAGGAAUCUCGUCAAUUGAAAGAAGUCAUAGAAAGUCAAAAGCAAAACAAGGACUAUGUCCCAGAAAUUAAACAUAAAAUGCCCCUAAGUAGAAGUAACAAUCAGCUGCAAGUACCAAAAAUGAUGAAAAUGAAUAAUGAUACAGCGAAAGAUACGAAGCUGCUGCAAGCCACGUCCAAGCAACAGCCCAAAUUAGGCAUAUCCAAGUCCCAAGAUGAUGAGGAUCUUAAAGAGCAACAAUACGGCAGUGUAUCACCCAUAUCUUUUACAAAAACUACAACUACAACAUCGAGAACUGCCAUCAGUUCUUUGGGUGCCUCGAGGGCUAGUAAUUUUCGUAUGAAAUUUCGUAAGAGCCAUACUUGUGGUAGUCUAUUUGCAAAAUGUAAUUGUGGCACCAAUACCACUUCAACUGAAAUGGAAACUACUCAUUUAGCCGGCUCACGUGCCGCCUCAAUUGAUAAUACCACAACAGCACUAGCUGCAGCAACAACAAUUACCCAAGCCACCAUACAUAAUCAAUCGCUUUAUUACCAGCAGCAGCAACAACAACAACAACAGAAUUUGCAUCUCUCUAUGUCACCCUCUUCCAAUACAGAACUCUCACUGGCAUCCUCGGUAUCGGAUAGUGCAGCAAAACUAACCGCAAGUUCGGGUUUUCAUUCACUCUCCACACAAACAUCAUCAGCCACCUCGGCUUAUCUAUCCAGAGAAGAGAGUCUAACGGCCAGCUUUGAUACUCAAUUGAUUUCUCCCACCACAGAGACACCGCCAACAACAGCAACAACAACGAUUGAAACAACUACAGCAACAUCAACAACAACAGCAACAAAAGUUUUAGCAAUCGCCGCUAAUACUGAACAAUUAGCUAAAUCAAACGUCAGUCAAGAAACGGAACUUGUAACAUUAACACGUUCAAAAGCUCAACAGAUACCGCGAAUCUCUUCACCGCCUCAGCUAGAAGCUUAUAACGCAAAAACUUUAGUUAAACCAACACCCGUACCUUCGCCCAGACGUUCAGAAGUUUUACAUAAAUCUUCGGCGAAAAAACUAUUUCAAUCGUAUUCUCAUCCCGAUACCGAUUUUAUUUUCACCGAUGAAAAUAAACAUCCUUCUCGGGAAUCUUUGUCUCUGCUACAAACACCUCUACUACAAAAUCAAGACACCGUUAUAACAACGCGUGGUGGCAAAGUGGAAAUUAAACAACCCAAACGUUCCUCUUCACCCAAUAUAGGUCAGUAUCAGGUUCUAGAUGUUGCUGUACAUCCCGACAUUUUAGUGAAAAUCUCUCCUAAACAUUCACCACAGUGUGAGAUUCGUCGUACCCCUUUAGCGACACGUUCCACUGCACAACGUCGCAGACUUUUGCAAAGAUCUCAUGAAAUUGAUUCGGGAGGUUCUACUACGGAUUCGGAAAAAUCACUUGAUUUAAGAACUCAUGGUGAAACACAAUUUUUUCUGGGUAAACCUAACAGCUCUAGUCCUUUAUUGACUACAAAAUUGUUACCGGGUCAAAGUUCCCCAGCCAGUCUAAGUGAAGACGCCAACUUUGAUGCGGCCCAGAAGUAUUUUGCUGAGAGUGGUAUUUUAGGGCCCAUACAUGGUCAGAGUAAUUUAAUAAGAAAGACUUCGAAGGCUUUGCAUGAUUCCAAUGUUAUAGAACAGGUGAGUAAAAAUCUACGUUCCCAGACUUUAAACACUGGCAACAGUAAUCAAGCAACUAAUGCCUCUUCAAUGCGUAAAAAUUCCACUACUAGCCCCGGCUCGUCUGCACUGACAUCUCCGACAAAAAGUGGUUUUACCACUUUUAAUACCACAAAUAAUUCCUUAAGCCUUAAAAUACACGAUAUGACAACAACAUCACCCACAUCUCCUGGAGCAGCAGGAACUGCACAGCCAGCUUUAAUAUAUUCACCACCUUCACCACAAUCACCCCAUACCAUGGCCACUAAAUGUGGUUUUAGUCCUAAUGUAACUACACAAAGUUGUAUAGUGGUCGAUGAUAAAGAUGCCCAAAUUAAAUCACUGCAGGGUGAAAUUGUUUCUCUUAAAGAUGUGAUCAAAUCUCGUGAUGCUGAGAUUGUUAAGCUUAGAAGAGAAAUACACAAGUUAAAGGUAACCAAUACCUCUUCACUGAGAUUCUUUAGCAAUGGUACCGACUUUAAGAAAUUUACACUAUUCUCUAUGCGCUGCAUGCCCGUUCUCAUCAUAAUCUGCUGGAAGAUACGUCUGUCCAAUACCCAUACUCUGGCAUCCGACAGCACUCUAAUGGAAGCAGUUCUGGUGCAAUUAUAUAAUAUAGCCAAUUCACCAAAGGCCUUUCCUGGUCCCAUGAUACCCAAUAUUUUGCCAUUUUUCUCUACCUCAAAUUCACCCUCGGCAGAGACAUACAAAUGUGCUCCCACCUCUCCUUCUCUUAUAACAAAUUUACCCUUUUCUAUGCUUAGAGAAUACAUAGAGUCCACCAAUUCCCUGACUUGUGAAGCAUCUAUAUUCUUUAAGAAAUCAUUGUCCAUAAUGGCCUCCUUUAUUAAUUGCAUACAAGAUAUCAAAAAACAUAAAUGGUUCCUCGGUUUCGAUUGGGAUGGUUUACAAAGUCAAUUGUUAAUACCACCCUUCGUCAGACCCAUUGCUCAUCCUACUGACACUUGUUACUUUGAUAGAUUUCCUUGUGAUCCCAAUGAACCACCAGAUGAAUUAUCUGGUUGGGAUGCUGGUUUUUAAAUAGUUCGUACUCUAUACACAUAAGUGCCUGGUGCCUCCUCCUCCUCCUCAAAAAGAUUUAUAUUUUUAUUAAAUUUACCAAAUCUUUAAUAUAUAAAAUCACUAAUCUUAAGCAUUUUUUCUCUCGCUUUAGUUGUUAGUAUAUUACUUAUAAGCGUUUAAGAACAAACAUUUUUUAACUAAAUUUUUGCUCAUACAUGUUUUUUUUAAUGAAAGUGCCUUAAAAUGUUGCUCAAAUUUUCGGUUUUUAGUUUAAUUUUAUUUUAAAUAUAUUGUUAAUUCUAAAUAUGGAGUAAAUAACUGUUUAAACAUAUAAAUAUGUAAUUAUAUAAUAGCUUAUUUAUCAUAAUAUAAUAAUGCAUUCUUUAUAGCUUUUUUUGUAUAAGUAAAACUUUUUAAAAAUGUUAUGCGUUCUUUAAGUUUUAAAAUUUCAGUUUUAUAUGUAGUUAGUUUUUGUGAAAUCUGUUAU